AGAAUUGUUCUGCUAUAAUUGAGGAACCUGCUUUAGCAGAAUCUACUAUAAUGAUGGAAUCUCAACGUAAGGAAGCAUUCAGGGCCUCUCAAGAAUGGAAGAAUGUUGCAGAUAUUUGUACUUUGUCAAAUAG